AUGGUCUUAGCAACUGAGGUAAGGGUAAGGCUAAUCAGUGAGAUUGAAGAGCUUGAGGCGUGGUCUGCAUAUGUGUUUUGGUCUGUGUGGUUUAGGAGAUUAGAAAUGCCUCCUAGAAGGUCAGGAUGGGAAGAGAGCCUUCCCGCACUGGAAGGAAUCAUUCAUAGGCAGGAUGAAGAACUUCGUCAGUUGAGACGUCAACCGGAGCCGCCAGUCCAAAUAAGGCAGGAUGCAAAAAAUAGAGACCCACCAGCUGCAGUGGUAUAUCCUGCUACAGAGGCUAGACAUGAGAUGUUAGCAGAGAGAUUUCAAAAACAACAUCCACCUGAGUUUGAAGGAGGCAUAGACCCAGUGGUGGCUGAAGAGUGGAUAAGUCGCAGAGAAAGCAUUUUGCAGAUUCUAAGGGUCGAUGGGAAUGACCGAGUGAAGUGUGCAUCAUACAUGCUGAGGAAAGAUGCUCGUAUCUGGUGGGAGGUGGUGGAACAAACAAAGGAUGUAGAUACCAUGAACUGGGAUGGUUUCAAAAAGAUUUUUAAUGAGAAAUAUUAUAACUCAGCAGUUCUAGCAAGGAAGGUCGAUGAAUUUACUGGAUUAGUCCAAGGGAGCCUUACUGUGACUGAGUAUGCACAAAAAUUUGAUAGAUUGGUGAAGUUCGCUCCAGAUCUGGUACCUACUGAUAGAGUGCGAGCACAUCGAUUUGUGGAAGGCCUGAAACCAAUGGUUGCUCGAGAUGUGGAAAUUGUGUCAAGGGGUCAAUUUAGUUAUGCUCAAGUUGUCGAAAUGGCUCUUACGGCGGAGCGAAGUGAAAACAAAAUUUGGAAGGAAAAUGCUACUAGGAGAGAAUCUAAGAAAGGUGGAGCCAAUUCUAAUGACCACAAGAAACGGGGACAGGACUAG